GAUGGUUGCAGGUAUUAGUUUGUCCGAUUCAAUUCGGCGGGCGAAAAUGGCAAACGAGUAACGAGCAAGAAACGGCCCGCAGGUUGCGAGCCGCUACAAACGACAAGCUAAGGGCAAGACCGAAAAGUAAAAUACGAGAUAGGGGACAGGAGACGGGAGAAGAAAGAAGCGAGGAGUAUCGAGUAUCGCGCACGCAACGCCAAAGCCAGCCGAUGCCAAAGCGUUUGUUCCCGUUCGAGAAGACUCCGCCUUUUGGCACGGGACACGGAGGAAGAGGAUGCGGUUAGCAUCUUGUGAAGUCGAGCGUGGGUGUCGGUGUAGGAGGAUCUUCGAGAAACCCCUCCUCCCUCGUCGAAAGUUUCCCUUCCUUUCGUUCCUCCACUCCUCGUUUCUCCCUUCGUUUCUCUCCUCGUUUCUCCGGCCGUUUCUCGGUCGGUUCACCUUGUCGAGAGAGAACAUCGACGCGAAGACCGAGAGGAGGAGUUGAUUCCCGUGGCAAGAGAGAGGGAGGCUGCCGCGGGAAGGAGGACGAGAGAUACGGCAUCGGAGAAUGAUGUCCCGAUGAUAAGCCACGAGGUGUAGUCGACUCGGGGGAGUUCUUUCCGAUUCAUCCGAUGCCGCGCGUUCGAGUCGGGGACUUUAAGCCCUUGUCAGCGUCCGGACCUCGAGGUGAGGACAAGUUCUGUUGACGAGAACCGCGAGCGCCGCUAGAGCUGCGAGAGUCCGGUGACGAUGUUCAGCAUCUUCUGAUAUUCGUCCAGGAUCGAGAAUCUUGCAUCUCGUGUCUCGUAUCUCCCGCUGAUUGCCCGGAACCGUUUAAUGGCUCGCCGCGAAUGAUAACUGUUGUUCGCACCAACUUCUUCGCGCCGAUUUCCUUUUCUUCUCCCAUAUCGUCUCCUCCUUUCUUUUUCCUCCUCCCUUUUCUUUUCUUUUCUUUUCCUUCCUUUCCCUUCCCUUUUCUCUUCACCGCACUCCCCCCUUCCCCUCCCUUCCCUUCCUAUUCCUUUCCGUUUCUUCCCGUUUCGUUGCAUCGUUUUCGUCGCCGAACCAAUUUCCAAAAGUGUUGAGUGAUUGUGCUUGAAGCGUGACAUUGAUUGUGCCGUUGCGACGGAACGCGUUCUCCAGUUUCACGGUGAUCGAUCUCUCCGCGUCACGAUUCGAAGGCGACGCUGCACCGGUGGAAAUCGAUGCAUUUUCUCGAAAAAGCGGCCGCGACACGGAGAAUUCGCGCGACACGGUUCCGCCGCCGAUAAGCGCAGCUUCGGCGACUUUCGUGGAGCAACCGUGCACAGCGGGAAACACCUUUUCGGCCGUCGAUGCGAUUCAACGUCGCCGAGGAUGCAACAGCAACACGAAUCGCGCGUCGACAUCACCGUCGAUUGUUGCUACCAGCAAUGGAGCCCGCAUCAUCAGAAUCCGCAUGUUCAGCCGAUCGCGAACAUACCGUCCCCCAUGCAGCAAAUGGAAGCGUGCUUGCAGACCGCGGGAAGGGUGAAACGAUCACGCAGCCCAAAUUCGAACUCGAACUCGAACUCGAAUUCGGCCUCGUCGAAAAGCGCGCCAACUACGCGCGUUUCCGCGUCGUCGUCGGCGUCGUCGUCGAUACCGUCGACGAUACCGUCCUCGAUACCCUCCUCGAUACCGUCGUCGAGCUCCGCGGAUGCCCGCAACGAUAACAACAACAACAAUCGCCAGCACGGCGAUCAUCAUCCGAACGAGAGCGUGGCGAACGCGACGGACGAGCUUCCUCCGAAGAGGCCUCUUCAUCCGGCUUUGGCCGGCGCCGGGGCCGCGCUCGAGGCGAAGCCGCUCUGGGAAGAGUUCCAUCAGCUGGGCACGGAAAUGAUCGUGACCAAGGCCGGAAGAAGAAUGUUUCCGACGUUUCAGUGUCGAUUCUUCGGGUUGGAUCCGAACGCCGACUACCUGCUGGUGAUGGAUUUUGUGCCCUGCGACGACAAACGGUAUCGAUACGCGUUCCACAGCAGCGCCUGGGUAGUCGCCGGUCGCGCGGAUCCAAUUUCGCCCCCGAGGAUUCACGUGCACCCCGACAGCCCGGCGAGCGGCACCCAUUGGAUGAAGCAGCCGGUCUCCUUCGACAAGCUGAAGCUGACGAACAAUCAGCUGGACGACAACGGGCACAUAAUCUUGAAUUCCAUGCACCGGUAUCAACCCCGUUGCCACGUGGUCGUCGCACCGUCGCCGCCUGGUUCCGGUCCGGAUCCACGCACGGAGAACUUCAAAACGUUCGUUUUCCCGGAAACAAGAUUCACGGCGGUGACCGCUUAUCAAAAUCAUCUGAUCACGCAGCUAAAGAUCGCCAGUAACCCGUUCGCGAAAGGAUUUCGCGACUGCGAGUCGGACGAAUGCGACUCGGUCGCCCUGUCCAGCGCACAGAAUCCCGCGAAGCGGCCAGCCACCGGGACCAACAGCGGCCUGUCCUCCAGCUUCGUCAACUCUAUACCAACCGUACAAAUACCGAGCAUAUCCAGCCAAGAGCACCAUCAAUUUUACGGAUCCACCACGACAGGAGCAUGGACCUAUUCGACGCAUCACGGCCAGCCGACCGCGCACGUCAAUUCCGUUCAUUACCCGGCGCAUCCGCACCAUCCGCACCAGCAUCCGCACUCUCAUCCUCAUCCUCAUGCCCACGCUCAUCCCCACCCUCAUCCCCAUACGCAUCCGCAUCCUCAUACUCAUCCCCAUUCGCAUCCGCAUCCCCAUGCCCAUCCCCAUCCGCAUCCUCAUCCGCACCCUCAUUCGCAUCCUCAUCCCCAUCCCCAUAGUUCGGGAGCAUCCCUGUACGGGCCGCGAUAACCGUUAAACCUUUUAUUUAAUCGGUGUCGAAAGUGCCGAUAUCAAGCGAAUGCCGGAAGAGGAUGGAAUUCCGAAGUGUUUCGCGAAACUAUACCAAAGAGAGCGUCGUCGGCGGUACGAUUUUACCAUGUAACGUACAUCGUGGAGUCGACCAAAUUGUAUUUGUAUUUAUCGUUGGAUAUCGCGGCAAGACCGAACAAUGGAGAACCGAAAAGGAACGAAGAAGCAUCGGGAUGUAGACGAACAAAAAAAAGAAAAUAUAGGAUAGACGUAACGCGAGACAAUCGUUUCGUAACGUUGAUUGCGUCGUUCGCGACGCAAGUACCGUUCGGCGAAUCGUUCGCCGCGUUCGAAGACGCGAUGUAUUAUUUAUUCGAAACCACACGUGUAUGUGUACGCUUAUUUUUGAUAAAUUGCCGUAAACCCAGCCGAAAGUGGGUUCGGCGGCAACGGCAGAAACGCUCUGUCGUGUUUAUCGAAGAUAAUUUUCCAAAGGUUAAUUAGCGAGUGAUCUCGCACACAAAGUGCAAUAGAGACAGACGACCGCGUAGUUCGCGAUCGUUCGAGUUGCAUGAUACAAAUCGCGGCGGUACGUGUCGUAGGUCCGUGGCUCGUCGGUCGAAAAAGAAAGUGCCUUUUGUAGGAGCAAAGUGCAUCUAUUUAUACAGGGUGUCUGAAAUGCCAAACGAGCCUAAAACGCUCUCGAGCCAACUCGGGAAAGUAAACGCACCGUGACAACCCAUAAGAGAGCUUGGCUACUAAGUGCCUUAAUAAAUUAUUCUCCGAGUAUCGUGUGCCA